AUGGCUGACCAUCAAGAGGAGAGCUCUUCUCCCAAGUUGGAGUAUUCGUCUCCAGAUUUUAAUGGGAAGAACACUGUAGUGGAAAAACAGUUCACCAAAGUAUAUGAAAAUGAGCACGAAACACCCGACAAACUUAAGACCACCAAGUCAAUUGUCAUCCGUAAAGCAGAACUUAUGGGAAAACAAUACGACACAUGGUAUUUGAAAGCUUUGUUUUUGUUCACGGCCUUCAUUUGCUCUUUCGCGUAUGGUCUUGACAGUAUCAUCAGAGAUAUUUACAUGACUUACGCGAUGAACGCGUAUAGUACUCAUUCUUUGUUAUCGACUGUGGAUGUGAUUAGUAUGCUGAUUUCCGCUGUCGGUCAGUUAUUCUUCGCGGGUUUGUCUGAUGUUUUUGGAAGAUUGUCACUAUUCAUCGUUUCUAUUGUAUUUUACGUUGUGGGUACGAUUAUACAAUCCCAAGCUUACGAUGUGCAGAGGUAUGCUGCGGGAUCUAUCUUCUAUAAUAUUGGGCUAGUAGGCGCGAUGUUUCAGGUUACUAUCAUUCUUUCCGAUUUCUCAUCAUUGAAAUGGAGACUAUUCUAUAAUUUUGUUCCAGCAUGGCCUGCACUCAUUACUGUGUGGGUUUCAGGUAAUGUGAUUCAUGUCGCAAAUCCUCAGGAAAACUGGUCAUGGGGUAUUGCCAUGUGGGCUUUCAUCUUCCCAGCUAGUUGUAUCCCCAUGAUUGUCUGUAUGCUUCACAUGAGGUGGAAAGUUAAGGAUACGGUCGAAUGGAAAGAACUACAGGAAGAGAAAUCUUUCUAUCAAAGCCAUGGUCUAGUGCAAACUUUGGUGCAAUUGUUCUGGAAGUUGGAUAUUGUAGGAGUCCUAUUAUUCUGCGUAUCCAUGGGAUGUAUACUUGUUCCAUUAACGAUUGCUGGUGGUUAUUCAAGCCAGUGGAGGAGCGCUAAGGUAAUUGCUCCACUUGUCCUUGGAUUUGUACUAUUUCCAAUAUUCCUUCACUGGGAAAACAAGAUUGCCAAACUGCCUUUUGCUCCAUUUAAGAUGUUGAGAGACCGUGGUAUUUGGGCACCUUUAUGGAUUAUGUUUUUGAUUUGUUUCGUUUAUGCGAUGGCUGCUGACUAUUUAUACACAAUUUUACUAGUGGCUGCCAACGAAACAGAUCAGUCUGCGACAGUAAUUACAAGUCUGUACAGUUUCGUUGCUGCUAUUGUGUCUCCUUUUGCUGGUAUUUUCGUGGCAAGGUCAUCACGUAUGAAGCCAUGGACUUUCCUUGGUUGUGCACUAUAUUUUGUUACAAUGGGACUCUUUUACAAAUUCAGAGGUGGCGAAGAUACUGGGAAGGGUGUUAUUGGGGCCAUGGUAAUCUGGGGUAUUGCCAGCUGCUUCUAUGACUACCCGAUGAGUAUUUCAAUGCAAACAGUCACUUCUCAUGAACACAUGGCAGUUGUUACUGCGUUGAACUUGACUAUAUUCAGAGUAGGUGGUGCUGUGGGUGCAGCUGUGUCAGGUGCUAUUUGGACUCAACUUCUAUAUCCGAAGUUGGUCACUGUAUUAGGUGAUACUUCGUUAGCGGAAAUUGCUUAUGAUUCGCCAUUUGAUUUCAUCGACUCUUAUGAAUGGGGAACUCCUUUGAGAGAAGCUACGGUUGAAGCUUAUAGAUACGUGCAAAAAUACGAAGCGUUAAUAGCUCUCAUAUUCGUCGCUCCAAUGUUCUUGUUGACAUUCUUUUUGAGAGAUCCUGAGUUGACUGAAAAGUUCGGGCAAGACUUAGAUGACGAUGAAUAUGUUGCAGAAGACGAUGACCCAAUUACAGAUUGGAUUGUCAAGCGCUUUUCAAGAUCAAAAAAGGAAGAUUAA